CGACUCUCGAGCAUGGAAAUCAGUGAUCUCACACUAGAACUUAACGAUCUGAGCUCUUUUUCUUUCACCUCUCCCAGUCAAGAGAUAUCCGAUGGUGUUAGAACCUCCGCUCGAGCAGUCCAGGCUGCGGAGGUGGGAAUUCGUCGAAUGGGAGCUGUCGCAGCGUCUCAAGUCUUUGCGAUGCUACAAGAGCGAGCGACCGUUCCAGUGCAAGCAGUCAAGCCAGUGGUGGCGAAUGCGGCAGAGACAACACGGCAGGCAGUGCUCCAAGCUCAAAGGGCAGUUCUCACUCUCGCCAGCCAUCCCCAGCUCUCGAGAUGGUUUUGGAAGAGUCUCAACGAAGAGGUGAGCCAGGAAGAGAAGCAGCAGGAGCUAUUUAGUAGCGAGCGAUCAGACAACACUGUAUAAAAAUGGUUAGUUCUUCCCAAAAAUCAAACGAAGAUCUACCAAAGAGCAUGAAUGUU